AGACAACCGUCCGUUUGGUUGUUAUUGUUUGGUGGCCGAAGCGGCUUCUUCUGCUGUCCAGCGUUAUUUACUUCGACCAACAAUGGCCAAAACUUACGGAGAUAAACCCGUGUCUUUCCAGUUGGAAGAAAAUGGAGAAUUUUGGUGCAUUGGGUCCGAGGUUGGUAACUACCUUCGACUGUUUCGAGGGUCACUUUACAAGAAAUUUCCUGGUAUGUACCGCCGAUCAAUUACAAAUGAUGAACGAAAGAAGUUAAUGGAAUUGGGUCUUACCCAGCACGUUUUGGCGUCAAACAUUUCUUUGCUGAGAGCAUCGGAGGUAGAAGAUAUCAUUGAAGGUAAUGAAGAUAAGUACAAAGCUGUCUCUGUGCGCCAGCAGCAAGACCCAGAAGCAGCAGCUGCAAGAGCUGAACAGCGUCAGGUGAAGAAACCAGCUGCCCCAUGGGUGCCAACAAUAUCUAAUUCAUCUCAUUUGGACGCUGUCCCUCAAGCAACACCAAUAAACAGGAACCGUAUCAUUUCCAAGAAGAUUCGAACAUUCCCCAUGUGUUAUGAUGACUUAGAUCCUGCCCAGAUUCACGAAAAUUCAUGUCAGCGGGAAGAGCUUGUCCCAAUUCGUUUAGAUAUGGAGAUUGAGGGACAGAAGCUUAGGGAUACAUUCACUUGGAACAAAAAUGAAAUGCUCAUCACCCCUGAACAGUUUGCAGAGCUCUUGUGUGAUGAUUUGGAUUUGAACCCCAUUAUGUUUGUGCCAGCAAUUUCAACAGCCAUAAAACAGCAAAUUGACCAAUAUCCAUCUCAGUCAAUCAUUGCAGAAAAUUCUGAUACCAGAAUAGUUAUUAAGUUAAAUAUCCAUGUUGGGAACAUUUCCCUUAAUGAUCAGUUUGAAUGGGACAUGUCAGAACCUGAAAAUUCUCCUGAGGAUUUUGCCUCUAAAUUAUGCUCUGAACUGGGCCUAGGAGGAGAGUUUGUAACGGCAAUAGCAUAUUCUGUACGGGGCCAACUCUUUUGGCAUCAGCGAACAUAUGCCUUCAGUGAAGCUCCCCUUCCAUGUGUUGAAGUACCAUUCCGAUCUCAGAGUGAAGCAGACCAGUGGUCUCCAUUCCUGGAAACCCUUACAGAUGCUGAAAUGGAGAAGAAAAUCAGAGAUCAGGACAGAAAUACCAGGCGAAUGCGUCGUCUUGCAAAUACUACUCCUGGAUGGUAAAGGGGAACAGUUCAUACCCUCAUAGUUUUAACCCACUAAUCAUGGAAAGCAGAAUUUUUUUAGGCACGUGUAGUCAUCAGUUAUAAUAAACAUAAUUUAUAUU